CAUUAUCAAGCCAAUUAGCUAGGUAGUGCUAACAGCAUGUCAACCACGCACCCGCCAGAGCGCGGGCUUGUAGCACUAAUUAAGGGGCUGACCAUCGGGAACGUGCCUGCGCUUCAGCCCGAUGUGCUAGAGCUUUACGCGGAGCUCAAGGGAGCCUACGAGGCACAGGAGCGCGCUGCCCCGAGGGAGUAUGCGGGCGACCAGGACGAGGACGUGAAGCAGGCGUGCAAGCAGGCCAGCCUGCUCUUCGUGGCGCGAGUUCUCUCCGCGGCGCAGAAGAAGGAGAAGGAUGGCAGCGAAACGCAGCCUUCGAACUUGGGGCUUUCCAUUUCUCGCAUCGUGGCUGUGGCCGGCAUCAACCUGCUGGACUUCUUUCGCGAGGUGCACGUCGUCGUGAGCGAGCUGUCGGCUUAUUUCGAGUCGCGCGGCAGCAGCUCAAAGCAGUUCAGCCAGCAGGCGCUGCUGAAGGAGAACUCGGAAACGGUGGUCGUGAUGGGACUCCUGGCCAAGAAAUACAAGGACAACUUCAACACGUUCCUGCACCAGCUGGACUUCUACAAGCAGGUCGUCCUGCGCCUGGGCUGGAGCGCUUUUCUCGUGCUGCGAGUCAAGCUCCUGAGCGCGUUUCCCGACGUUGUGAGCUGUGUGGAGCUGCUGCCCUGCAUCUUCGCCAUCCUUGCCAGCCAUGCGCCGCGCCUUCCGGACUGCCUCACGCACAUCACGCGGGAAAACCGGGGGAAGUUUCUCCUGAAGAGCAUGGCGGACACGUGCAAGGCGGACUACGGGCGCGUGCAGGCGCGGAUGCCAAGCGUGGAGGCGCUGCUCACGCAAGUGUUCACUAGUGCCGUGCCGGAGUGGCGCACAGCGGUAGCGGAGGCGAAGGCGAAGGCGCUGUCGGACGCGUCGGGCCCUGCUGCCGUUGGAGGCGUGGACCUGGUUGCUUCGCCGGUGCUGGAGGGCCUGGUGACGGACACGGACCGCAUGAACCGCGUCGUGGCCGCUCUGGAGCGCGAGUAUGAGCAGCACUACUCGCGCGGCGCCACGGAGCUGGACGAGCGCGAGUUCCUGUCCACGGACUUCACCAAGUUUGCGUCGCCGCGCUUCUCGCCGGGGCACAUGCACUCCACCAUGGCGAAGCUGCGCAGCGGAUCCAUGCCGCUGCGCUCGGGCGGGCCGCUGGGGCCGGGCUUGCACACCGCCACCCCGGCGCACCCGGGGCCCCAGCAGCUGCACCUCGUGCCGUUGGGGCUGCAUUCGCCGCUGCCCAUGAUGCACCUCAACGCGGGACCCGGCGUUCCGGGCACCCCCAUUUCGGAGGCAAUGGGCGCGUCCGCGUGGCUACGCGGCGUGACCAGCAACAUGGUCGCAGAGCCGUCGCCCACGCUCCAGCGCUUCCUGGCGGCGCUGCCCAUCAACAGCAACAGCUCGGGGCCCACGCCGGUGCAGCAGCUGAUGAAGCGCGUGCGGGACCUGGUGGCGUCCGUCAUCCCUGACGAGGCAGCGCCCUCGCUGCUUGGCCCCUUCCCACUGCUCAACACCUCGCUGGGGGCGGAGCGGCGCAUUGAAGCCACCAAGCUGUACUGCCACAGCCUGGACACCAUCCUGCAGAACGAACAGCGCACCAACGGGCUGCCGGCGGCGCUGGCGCUGCUUGGCUCGGCCAAGUUCCAGCGCGGCCUCAUUGCCUGCUGCAUUGAGGUUGUGGCGGCCUGCUACCGCAUGGUCUCCUGCGCCUUUCCCAAUGUGCUGGACGCGCUGCGCAUCAAGGCCUUCGACAUGGCCAACAUCAUCGGCACCUUCGUCAAGAGCAUCGCCACGCUGCCGCGUGAGCUCAAGCGCCACUUGUUUCUGAUCGAGGAGAAGAUCCUGGAGUGUCUGGCUUGGGAGCCGGGCUCGUCACUCUACCACCUGAUCGUCAACGUGCACACCGAGAACGAGGCAGCGGCCGCCGCAGCAGCUGCGGCCAUGCAGGAGGCGGCGGCCACCGCAGCCUGCUCGGCGGCAUCAGGCGACGACUCGCAGCACGACGGUGCAGGCAGCCGGGCGGGCCUGUCAUCCUCCUCGGGCGGUGCGGGCGCGGCGGCUGCGGCGGAGGGCGGCGCGGAUGGCGGCACGGAGCAGCCAGGUGCCUCAUCAUCCCACAAUACGGAGCAGUCGGGAGGCGCCCCGCCCAUGGAGACGGCAGAGGGGGGUGCGCCGGGCGCGGCGACUUCGGCGCCACCGUCGACGACCCCUGCGGCCCCAGCUGAGCCUGCACCACCGGCUGCUGCCAGUCCCGCGGCGCCGGCGGCCAGCCAUGCGCCGCCGCCAUCGCCAAAGCGCAGCCAGGGCGUGGCGUUCUCGGGCAUGAUGUCGCCGGCCAAGAAGGCCCGUGGCACGGACGGCGGCGCUCACUCGACACAGUCUUACAUCGAGUCGCUGCCCAACGCGGUGGGCUUCCCUCCUGCCGCCGGCGCGGCGCAGGGCCAGGCGGGGCUGCUCUUUGAGUUCCUGCGCAAGGUGCUGAAGCUCACGUCGUUCCGCCUGGCGCUGCUGUGCGAGAACUUCGAUUUCAGCCCGCUAGAGGGGCCCGAGGUCAACAGCAAGGUGUACGAGGCCAUUGAGCAUGCGCUGUACAAGCAGACGCACCUGUUCUACAACCGCCACAUCGACCAGAUCAUGCUGUCGACACUGUACGGCUACUGCAAGGUGCACAAGCUGUCGCAGGUCUCCUUCCGCGAGAUCAUCGCGCAGUACCGCAAGCAGCCGCAGGCGCAGCAGUCGAUCUUCCGCUCGGUCGUCAUCGACCAGGUGCUGCCAACGCUGCAGAUCCAGUCGCGCGCCGACAUCAUCGGCUUCUACAACGCGGUGUUUGUGCCCGCGAUGAGAAACUUCCUGCUCAAGAGCGAAUCCAACGGCUCGGGCGCCAGCGGACCCGGUUUGGGCGGCGACAGCAAGCACGCCGCUGCGGGCAACAGCGGCAAUGCCGUUGGCGCGGCAGCCGGCGCCGCGCCCGCUCAGGGCGUCGGCGCCACCUCCGCCAUGCCGCCGGGCCUGCCGCCCUUGCCACCCCGCGCGAGCCAGUCGCCGCGGGGCCCCAAGCUGCCGUUGCUGGGUGCAAUUGCGGCGGCGCCGCGCAUGCUUGGCCGCUCUGCCAGCGGCAACGCGCGUGGCGGCGGCGAGCGUGAGCUGGGCAUGCCGCUGCUGCACCCGCUUCUCCCCACCGGCAGCAGCACCGGCGGCGGCGCGCUUUCACCCACCAAGGGCAGCGAGGGAAGCGGCCACCCCACGCCGACGGGGCCCGUGCCGGUCUCCCGCUCCAGCAACGGCGGUCGUGGUGGCAGUGGCGGCCGCGGCGGUGGCCGUGGCAGUGCUGAGCAUAAGAUUCCAGAGGGCCUGGCCGCACUGCUGCAGGCGUUGGACAGCCAGAAGGCCGCCGAGGAGAACGGCGCCGAGGAGGAGGAAGAGGAAGAGGAGGUCGAUGCCGAUGAGGAGCAGCCGCAGGCGCGCGUCACGCGAUCGGGUCGCACGGCGCGGGACCGUAGCACGGGUCGGGAGCGCCGCGGCCGGCACACGGAGGCGCGCGACGACAUGGACGAGGCCUCCAUGGACGCGGAGUUCUCGCAGCAGACCGUUGUCACCGGCCGCCGGCAGCGCACGCCGAACCGGCGGUACGGGGCGGAUUGAGCACCGCGGCCGGAGGUGUAAGGUGUUGAGCCCAUCAUUCUGGGAAUGCUGAAAGCAAGGAAUUGGCAUUGAAGAUAUAGUUUUGGAUUCGUGCAUGUUUCUUUCAGGUCUUCUUCAAUUCAAGGCCACCGGAUCUUCACUCUCCUAGCCCGCCGGCAUGGUGGCCGGUUGCAAAGAUUAGAGGCAUGCGUUGGGAUUGAGUCCGCCUGACGCAUUGUUUGCGCAUUCAUUUGGAUACCCUAAAAUGACUACGCACACCCCACUGUCAAACAGAGAUUGAGAACGCAUGAUGGGAGGGAAUCGCAGACCACCAUUGCAUUGUGCCCACGGCUUGGGCCCCACUGCCGCCGUGUGUGCUCAGACCCGUGACCAGCGAACCUGUUGCACAGCGUGGGCAUGGAGGGGGCAACAGUACUCGACGGAACUGAAAUGGCGUUUCCACCAAGCUUAUGCAUGCGAGGGGACCGCCACAUAUCUGGCUUCCCCCAAUAGUGUAGGCCGGCUUGGUGUGACGCUGUUGUCGGAUGUGGGUUGCAAGUACGUAUCCCGAUGCGCGGAGCGUGUAUCACCUAAAAGAUGUUACGCAUUGCAGAUGUGCCGGUGUAAAGACGGUGUGACGCGGAUGGCGGAGGGCCGAAUCGGUAGUACUUAGUAGCGCCGGUGUACCUACGAAUGCUAUCAUCAUUAAUUAGUUUGACUCGCGAGAUAUCCGGUCAUCCAAAAUGCAGAAUGGUCUUGUUCGAUCAGUGAGCGGUGGAUGAGCCCACACGUAAGCGGGCUAUUGGAUGAUUUGCUCUCGGUUACACUGAUGCGAUGUCUCUCCCGUUGGUUGCACUUGGGAGCAGGUCCAUGCGUGUGCAGUACACGCUUGGCUUGAACUUAUACCAAUGGAAUGGACAUGUCCCAAUGCGGAAUGGACACCGCGCGUCUGAUACCGUACAGCACUGUCAGGCAGCAGCUUAAGGAUGCCGCACAGUCUGGCUUCCUUCCUACACUUCAACAAUGACUACAGACCCACGAACCUACAUGGUGUGCUCCAGCUGGGCCGAAACCUACGCCUUCAGUAGAAGCGCUAUUACGGUAUGUCUGGAGCAGCAAUCAUGUAACGUCCCAACAAAUCCUCGAGCAUCGUGUGCAAGGAAAUCCAGGAAGAUCUAAAGCACCACUGAUCUCAAGAGCGCCUGUCUCUCGACAUACAGCAGUCACACUAAAUGCUCCCUACGAAGGCUGGUUCGGACGAGACCAACGCCUUACCUGCCUAGCAGCAACGCCCCAUCCCCUGGUAUCUGCAACCCCCCGAUCCAACCCG